AUGCAUGAUGAGCUUAAUAACUUACAAAAGAAUACUAGUAUUAUGUUUUGUGAGCAUGAGCGCAAAAAACUGUAUACGAUUGCCAUUGGUUAUAAGUCAGUAUUAUCUGUAUUGCCAUUGUCAGCAUCAUCAACAACAAUGUGUGAAUUUAUGAAUCAGAUGAAUUAUCCUUCUAUAUUUCAAGACUGUAAAAUUCAGUUUCUGUCUUCAUGUAAUGGCUUGGUUUGGAUAAGUCGUAUUUCACCUAGUUGGGUUGAAGAUUAUUAUAUUUGGAAUCCUUCAACCAAAGUAUACAAGAACAUACCCAUGGCACGAGAAGUAAACUGGCGUGACAUAAAAGGAUAUGGAUUUGGCUGUGAUAACAAGACUGACGAUUACAAAUUGAUAAGGAUUGUCGUGGACUGGGAAUCAGAGUGUUCUAGUGUUGAUAUCUAUACAUUAAGUUCAAAUUCAUGGAAAAACACUCAAACCGUACCUUACCAUCUUUGUGACAUAGGAGCAUCAUAUCCUGGUGUGCUCUUUAAGGGAGCUCUUCAUUAUCCAGCGCAUACCUUUCGGAAAGACUCUACUGUACUGGUAUGUUUUAAUAUUGUCAGUGAGGGAUUCGAGGAGGUAGCAGUGCCAAAAGCACUUAUACCAUAUCCAAAAGGAAAACAAGAUAUGCUCGGCAUAGAUGUGGGAGUAUCGGGAGAGUGCCUAUGUUUGGCUUUUCAUGUUUUUAAUGUCCGCGUUGAUGUAUGGAUUAUGCAAGAUUAUGGAUUGCAAGAAUCUUGGACUAACAUUUUCUCCAUUACCCAGGAGAGUAUAACUAGCACCAGGUAUUUGGAGUUAGUAUGGAGUUUCAAGAACAAUGAGACUUUAUGGGAGGUGGACCAGGGUAUAGUUUUAUACGAUCCAACCAACAAAACAUAUAGAAAACUGUUGUUGGAUUCUCAUGGUACUGAAAGGGAAACUGUAGCACGGAAUUAUAUGGUUACUUCAGUCUGGCUUUAA